AUGGCGGGCAAGCUGGUGGUGGAAGGCUGCAAGUUGUCAAGCGCGAGCCUGACGUGCAUCUCAGUUCACCACAAGGAUACGAAGCCCAAGAUCCGAAGGUGUGAGAUCUAUCAGUGCGCGGGGACCGGUGUUCACUUCUACGACGGGAGCGAGGGGGUGGUGGAGGACACAGAAAUACAUCACAACGGACAGUCAGGCAUCGAGAUCUCCGAAGGGUCCCGCCCUGAGAUCCGCUUCAACCGCAUCCGCAGCAACGGCAAGCAUGGCGUCGCCGUGUUCGACAACGGAAGGGGCGUCAUCACUGACAACGACAUCAACAGCAACGGACUGUCCGGCAUCGACGUGCGGGAGAGCAGCAACCCAAGGAUCGUCCGCAACAAGAUCUUCGGGCACGAGCACAGCGGAGGGGUAGACGUGCACCAUCAUUCGCGGUGUGAGAUCGAGAAGAACGACAUCUUUCAGAACUCUCUCUCCGGCAUCACAUGCUGGCAGGCCGGCAAGCCUCUGUGCAAGCAGAAUCGCAUCACUCAGAACGGAGAGUUCGGGAUUCUAGUGAAGGACGGAGGAUGGGGGACGUUCGAGCACAACGAUUUGCGAGGGAACUCGCGAGGGAGUCUGUUUGUGUCGGAGGACAGCAAGAACAAGAUCGUGCUUGACAACAACUCAGUUGAGUAG